AUGGCGUCCAUGGAUGCCUUCGGAUCGCGCUUUGAGUCCACGCGGAGUCCCAAAGGAUGCUGUGCCGCUCACGCGCUCGACCCGGUCCCGGAGAGUACCGGUUGGCCGCCGGUGAUCUCGAGCCCUGAAAAUGGCACUGCAGCAGCAGCAGCAGCAGCAGUACCGACCAGAACCGGUGCCGCCGUGACCGGUCUCUGGACCGCCGUCUUCGACUACGAUGCUGGCGCAGAGGAUGAGCUCAGUCUCCGGAAGGGAGACCUGGUGGAGGUCCUGUCGAAGGACUCGCUGGUGUCCGGGGACGAGGGCUGGUGGACGGGCAUGAUCGAGGACCGGGUCGGUGUGUUCCCCUGUAAUUAUGUGAGCAGCAGCAAUGGCAUCUCAGAGAAACUCCGGGACGCGACUUCUGAGGAAUUCUCUCAGUGUCCUGUGCCACCACUGCACGUGCUGGAGAUUGAGUUCUGUGAGCUGGCGCUGGAGGAGAUCAUCGGUGCGGGGGGGUUCGGUAAGGUGUACCGGGCGGUGUGGCGGGGGAUGGAGGUGGCGGUCAAGGCGGCGCGGCGCGACCCCGACGAGGACGCGGCCCAGACGCUGGCCAGCGUGCGGCAGGAGGCCAAGCUCUUCGCCAUGCUGCGCCACCCCAACGUCAUGGCGCUGCUGGGCGCCUGCCUGACGGAGCCGCACCUGUGCCUGGUGAUGGAGUUCGCCCGCGGCGGGCCUCUCAACCGGGCGCUGGCCGGCAAGCGCAUCCCGCCGCACACGCUGGUGGACUGGGCAGUGCAGGUGGCACGCGCCAUGCUGUACCUCCACUGUCAAGCCCUCGUGCCCAUCAUACACAGAGACCUCAAGUCCAGCAACAUUCUGAUUCUGGAGAAGGUGGAGCACGAGGACCUGAGCAACAAGACGCUGAAGAUCACCGACUUCGGGCUGGCGCGCGAGUGGCAUCGCACCACCAAGAUGAGCGCGGCGGGCACCUACGCCUGGAUGGCCCCCGAGGUCAUCCGCUCCUCCACCUUCUCCAAAGGCAGCGACGUCUGGAGUUAUGGCGUGUUGCUAUGGGAACUGUUGACUGGCGAGGUGCCGUUCCGAGGCAUCGAUGGUCUAGCGGUGGCAUACGGUGUGGCCAUGAACAAGCUGGCGCUGCCCAUCCCGUCCACCUGCCCCGAGCCCUUCGCCCGCCUCUUAGAGGAUUGCUGGAAUCCUGACCCCCACGCCCGGCCAUCCUUCACCACCAUCCUGGACCAGCUGACGGCCAUCGGGGAGUCGGGCUUCUUCGAGAUGCCGGCCGACUCCUUCCACUCGCUGCAGGACGACUGGAAGCUGGAGAUCCAGGAGAUGUUUGAUCAGCUCAGAGCCAAAGAGAAGGAGCUGCGCUCGUGGGAGGAGGAGCUGAGCCGGGCCGCGCUGCAGCAGAAGUGCCAGGAGGAGGCGCUGCGGAGGCGCGAGCAGGAGCUGGCGGAGCGAGAGAUCCACAUCCUGGAGCGCGAGCUCAACGUCAUCAUCAGCCAGCUGUACCAGGAGCGGCCGCGCGUCGAGCAGCGACAGGGCAAGUUCCGCCGCAGCCGCCUCAAGCUGCGCGACGGCAACCGCAUCAGCCUGCCCUCAGAUUUCCAACAUAAGAUCACAGUCCAGGCUUCACCCACUCUGGAUCGGAGGCGAAGCAUUCUGGGGAGCAACUCCACCCCCCCAACCAGUCCCCCCAUCCUUCCUCGCCUUCGAGCCAUACAAUUGACCCCAGGGGACAGCGGUAAGGUGUGGGGGCGUAACGCUGCGUUCCAGCAGGACGAUGAAGAGGAGCGGAAGAGCUCGCGGAAGAAGGGGCGCACACACGCACGCGGAGCCGGGCCCCAGCGGGAGCACAGCGCUGACGAGAGCACUAAGACUCCUAAGGAGGUGGGUGGGAGCAGGCAGAGGUCCUGUAGCGCUCCAAACCUGCGCCGCUCCCCCAGACACAGUCCAGCCGUGCCCGGCGUCCCCAGCCUGGCCGAGACAGAAAACGAGGACUGCUGCUUCCUGUCGGACUCCCCCGAGGGCUGCGUGUCUCCCGGUCAGUCCUACCUCUGCAUCCCGUUCCACCGGGACGGCUCCUCCACGCUGGCCGAGGGUAGCUACGUGCUCGGCCCCUCCGCCGCCGCCGCCGCCACCGCUACCGGCUCUACCGGCUCCAGAGCGGAGCUGGCCGUGUGCAGUCCGGCGCGCGACGCCGCGGUCAGCUCGGUGGCGUCCGGCAUCUGCUCGGGGUCGGGGUCGGGGUCGUCGGGUCGGCACCACCACAGCCCCGGGGGGGCCGGACGGCGCUCGGACCUCAUGCUGCUGGGCUGCGGGGCCAUCCUGGCGGCCGUGGGGCUCGGCUUCAACCUGCUGGACCUCCCCGCGCCCAGCACACACGUCUCACACACACACACACACACCCCCGGGGAGAGCAGCGGGGGCAAGACGCGCUGGGAGGGGCUGUUCCACCGCGGGGGGGGAGGGGGGGGCAACAGACGCAGCACCAGCCCCCCCACACGCAAGCUCUUCAAGCGGGAGAGCCCCCUGCGCUCCGCACCUCCUCCUCCUCCUCCUCCUCCUCCUCCUCCGCCCGCCUCCAUCGCCCCGUCCCUCACGCUGCUGUCGCUGUCCUCCGUGUCCGACUGCAACUCCACGCGCUCUCUCCUGCGCUCCGACAGCGAGGAGCUGCUGGUGUAUCGGCCGGCCACGCCACCUCCUCCUCCUCCUCCUCCUCCUCCUGCCCCGCCGCCGCUCAACCCGCUGGUCAACACGCACCUGGAGAGCUUCAAGAGGAACCCGCGCCAGUCGCUGACGCCCACGCACGUGCCCGUGAGCGUGCACGCCACCCGCGGCCUCCACCGCACCCCCUCGGACGGCGCCAUCAAGAAGAGGUGCCCCUCGUCCUCCUCCGCCAACCACAACAGCGGGCACCACCCACCGCAGGGGAAGCCGGACAGCGCAGUACCCGGGAGCCAGUGGUGUAUGAGAGAGGACAUCUCCGAGUUGCCACGGUUACCUGACCCAAAUUCGGUCUUCCCUCCCACUCCUCGUCGCCGGUGCCAACCGGAGCGUCCCAAAACGCUGGACUUCCUGGUUAGACCACGCCCCUCUCCGCGGAUUCGCAGCGAGGCGCCCUGGGGCGACUCCCCCAUUGGUCGGGGCCGAGGAGAGUCCCCAAGCCACACCUCCAGCACGGAGACCCCGCCCACAGUGGAGUUUGGGGGCGGCGCCGCCGUUCCUCCAACCCCGUGCUCCCCCUGGGUGAAUGACAGCCUGCUGGACCAACGGGACGAGGGCCAGUCCCGGGACGGAACCCUCCCACUCUGUAGGCCCGAAUCCUCAUUGGCCAGAGACUCUCCCUACCGCGUACGGCCAGGCUUCUGGUCAUAACUGUCCUCAGUAGUAAACCUAGAAGAACUGUUUAAGAAUUCCUAUGUAUCACAGAGCACGUCUGGAACGUUCUGCUCCAGAGAAGAGGAGGAGAGAGAGAGAGAGAGAGAGAGAGAGAGAGAGAGAGAGAGAGAGAGAGAGAGAGA